AUGGCUUCUGUUCGUAUCUGCGUUUGCGGUGAUGAGGGAACUGGCAAGUCUAGCCUCAUCGCUUCGCUGGUCAAGGAUGUCUUCAUCUCUAACAAAAUUCAAUCCGUCCUCCCCUCCAUCACGAUCCCUCCCCAACUCGGCACGCCUGAGAACGUCACGACCACGAUCGUCGACACCUCCGCCCGACCUCAAGACCGCACCACCCUACGAAAAGAGAUACGAAAGUGCAAUGUCAUCCUUCUUGUCUACUCGGAUCACUACAGCUAUGAGCGUGUUGCUCUCUUCUGGAUGCCGUACUUCCGCUCCCUCGGCGUCAAUGUCCCCGUUGUUCUGUGCGCCAACAAGUCCGACUUGACGGGUGAGGGGAACACACCGCAGGUUGUCGAGGGCGAGAUGCUGCCCGUCAUGUCCGAGUUCCGCGAAAUCGACUCGUGCAUCCGCUCGAGCGCGAGGGAGCACCGAAAUGUCAAUGAAGUUUUCUUCCUCUGCCAAAAGGCCGUCACACACCCCAUCGCCCCGCUAUUCGACUACAAGGAGGGGAACCUGAAGCCGGCUUGUGUCGAUGCAUUGAAGCGCAUAUUCUAUUUGUGUGAUAAGGACCAGGACGGGUACCUCAACGACCAGGAAAUGCACAAUUUCCAGUCCAAGUGCUUCGACAAACCUCUAACCGCCGAGGACCUGGAAAACAUUAAGCUCUCAAUCAGCAAGACAGUGCCCAAUCUGUCGACUGAGAAGGGCAUCGACCAACUAGGCUUCUUGCAGCUGAACAAGAUAUACGCGGAGAAGGGCAGACACGAGACGAUUUGGAUCAUACUGCGCAAGUUUCGGUACACGGACAGUUUGAGCUUGGAGGAUAGCUUCCUGCACCCCAAGUUUGAUGUGCCAGAGUAUUCUUCGGCGGAGCUGAGUCCUGCAGGAUACCGCUUCUUUGUAGACCUGUUCUUACUGUUUGAUAAGGACAACGAUGGCGGUCUGAACGAUAAGGAACUCGAGGCUCUUUUUGCGCCGACACCAGGACUUCCCGCCUCCUGGAUCGAGACCUCAUUCCCGUCUUCAACCGUGCGUAACGAAGCCGGGCACGUCACUCUACAAGGGUGGCUCGCUCAAUGGAGUAUGACCACCUUUAUGGAACCGAAGACUACGCUUGCGUACUUAGCCUACCUGGGAUUUGAACCCGCAACUGCUCGCGAAACCACCACGGCGGCUCUCAAGGUUACGAAAUCGCGGAAACGGAGAAGACGCCCAGGUAAGGUGGAGCGUAACGUCGUGUUGUGUUAUGUCCUGGGCGCCUCAGGGGCUGGCAAGUCAUCCUUGUUGGACGCCUUCUUGAAUCGACCGUUUGACACCCUCUAUCGGCCAACGAUCAAGCCGCGACGGGCUGUCAACAGUGUAGAGCUUCCCGGCGGCAAGCAAUGCUACCUGAUCCUAGAAGAGUUGGGUGAGCUCGAGCCUGCUAUCUUGGAAAACCAAGCCAAGCUGGACGCUUGCGAUCUUAUCUGCUACACGUACGACUCUUCGGAUCCUGACUCCUUUUCUCACAUUGUCGAGCUGCGUAAACGCUACCCACAACUAGACGACCUCCCCAACAUUUACACAGCCUUGAAGGCGGAUAAGGACAAGACGACACAACGUAGUGAAAUGCAGCCCGACACAUACACCUCUAGCCUGAUGAUGAGCACGCCUCUCCAUGUAACUGUCAAGUGGACCAGUAUCAGCGAGCUGUUUAUCGCGCUGGCGGACGCGGCGACGAACCCAAGCACAGCCUUCCCGCGUAGCGAGGAGCCGCCGCCGGACAGGACCAGUCUGUACCUCGCCCUGGGUGCCACGGCUUGCGCUGGCGUUGCGGCGUUCAUGAUCUGGCGGCGGUCAACGACGUCAGUCUAA